GAAUUGAUGUACUAUGGAGUCUAAGGGUGGCAAAAAAUCUAGCAGUAGUCGCUCCAUGAUGUAUGAAGCUCCCCUUGGCUACAGCAUUGAGGACGUUCGACCUGCUGGAGGCGCGAAGAAGUUCUCUGCUGCUUACUCCAACUGCGCGAAGAAGCCAUCCUGAUAUCCCUUUUGGCUUCCUCAUCUCGUAGUUUAGGAUUUCUUUUUUGUCACUUUGAUUCUAACCAUUCUCUCUGGCCUGCUGCUUCCUGAUAAUCGUCCAGUUCUCCAAUCUUGCUCCCAGCACUCCUCCCUCCUCCAUCUCCGGCAUUGUGUUCUGACUCACCUGUUCCAAUGGCUGUCCUUUCUGCUGCUGAUGCUCCCCCGGUCUCAGCGAUCGGGUUUGAGGGCUAUGAGAAGCGCCUAGAGAUCACCUUCUCGGAGGCGCCUGUCUUUGUCGACCCUAGUGGGCGUGGCUUGCGUGCCCUCUCCAGGGCCCAGAUUGACUCUGUUCUGGAUCUUGCACGGUGCACCAUUGUGUCUGAGCUCUCCAACAAGGAUUUCGACUCCUAUGUCCUUUCUGAGUCGAGCCUGUUUAUCUAUCCUCACAAGAUUGUCAUCAAGACCUGUGGAACUACCAAGCUCCUGCUCACCAUUCCAAGGAUUCUCGAGCUUGCUGAAGAGUUGUCUAUGCCGCUUGCUGCUGUGAAGUACUCCCGCGGGAUGUUCAUCUUCCCCAGUGCACAGCCGGCCCCCCACAGGAGCUUCUCUGAGGAGGUUGCUGUACUUAACCGGUACUUUGGUGGCCUCAAAUCUGGUGGUAAUGCUUAUGUGAUUGGAGAUCCAGCAAAGCCUGGACAGAAGUGGCACAUCUACUAUGCCACCGAGUACCCAGAGCAACCUAUGGUUACCCUUGAAAUGUGCAUGACUGGUCUGGACAAGAAGAAAGCUUCAGUCUUUUUCAAGACUUCUGCUGAUGGCCACACAUCAUGUGCUAAGGAAAUGACUAAGCUCUCUGGCAUCUCUGAAAUUAUCCCGGAGAUGGAGAUCUGCGAUUUCGACUUCGAACCAUGUGGCUACUCCAUGAAUGCCAUCCAUGGCACUGCAUCCUCUAACAUUCACGUGACCCCCGAGGAUGGUUUCAGCUACGCCAGCUAUGAGGUUAUGGGCUUCGACGCCACAGCUCUGGCUUAUGGUGACCUUGUCAAGAGGGUCCUCAGGUGCUUUGGCCCUUCUGAGUUCUCUGUGGCCGUGACCAUCUUUGGCGGGCGUGGCCAAGCAGGUACAUGGGGGAAGAAACUUGAUGCCGAGGUUUAUGACUGCUACAACAGUGUAGAGCAGGAGCUGCCCUGCGGUGGUCUUCUCAUUUACCAGAGCUUUUCUGCUGCUGAAGAUGCUGUUGUCGGUUCGCCCAAAUCUGUUUUCCAUUGCUUUGAGGGCGAGAAUGUGGAAAAUCAUGCUCCUGCAAAGAACGGUAAAUUGGCUAAUAUUCUCUCCUGGGAGGAUGCCGUCGAGGAUGACGGAGUGCUUGAUGAGUAAGACGGGAUUCUGGUAUCGAUUUGCUGCUGAGUUUUUUUAUGUUCCAAUUGUCGUGGUUGUCGUUUGGUUAUUUUGUGAAGCAGCCAAGCCAGGCUAUUAGUAUCUAAAAAUCAUUUGUAAGCAUGCUUAACCUGAAUAAGUAAGCUCUAGGUGGUCAGCUGAGUCUACCACAAUGAGCAUAUGUAUGGAGAAAUGUCUGUCGAGCAUAUCAAUAAGAAUUAUUUUGGGUUAA